AGCUUUGUCAAAAGAAACACUCGAUUGGUGGUGAGACGGAAAUGGCUGGGCUGUUCACGGUCUCUAUAACGGAUUUUUUAGUUUUCAAGCAUAUGCCACUAUUUUCUGUUGGACUAAUUCAUCUUGUACAAGCAGCGAUGGGUCGUCGAAGACAAAGAGAACGCGUUUGGAUUCAGUGCGUCGCGUUGCUUUGUUUAUUUGACUGGUCUGCAGCGCAGAUCUCUUACUCCGUUUCAGAGGAGGUGGACAAAGGCACGUUUGUGGGGAAUCUCGCUAAGGAUUUAAACCUUAAUGUUCACGAACUGGAGUCGAGGGGUUUAAGGAUUGUAUCAGGACAGAGUAAGACGUAUUUUGAGGCAAAUUUGAAAACGGGGAUUCUAUUCGUUAACGAGAGGAUAGACAGAGAGGAGCUUUGUCCGAAUAUGGUAAAGUGCUCUUUAAACAUACAGGCCAUAUUGAGCCAUCCAAUGCUUCUCCACCGCAUUGAGCUGAAUAUUACUGAUAUUAACGACAAUGCUCCGUCUUUUCUUGAAAAAAUACAUAAUUUGAAUGUUACUGAAUUAGCUUCUCCCGGUGAGAGAUACCUGCUACCAAUAGCGAAUGACGCAGAUACGGGUAGUAACUCGGUAAACAGCUACAAGCUGAGCCCGAAUGAACACUUCUCCCUGGAUGUACAGAGCGGUGGAGAGCAGAGUGUGUCUGCUGAGUUAGUGCUGCAGAAAGCUUUAGACCGAGAGAAACAGCCCGUUAUCCAGCUCACACUGACCGCUAUAGAUGGAGGAAAACCUCCUAGAUCCGGGACAUUACUGAUCAUUGUCAACGUAAUAGAUGUCAAUGAUAACUCUCCAUUUUUUUCCCGGCCGCUUUACAAAGUACGUGUCCAUGAAAAUGCACAUUUUGGGACAGCUAUACUAACUCUCUUUGCAACAGAUUUAGACGAGGGCUUAAAUAGUAAAAUAGUGUACUCUUUCUUUAAACGGGGUAAUUGGGACCCAUCCAUUAUGUUUAGCAUCAAUUCAGACACGGGUGAACUUACAAUAAAAGGCCAUUUGGAUUAUGAAGAAAGUCCUUCAUACGAAAUAAGAGUUCAAGCGACCGACCAAGGGCAUUCUCGUCGUAGUGCACACGGUAAAGUAUUAGUUGAAGUUAUUGAUGUCAAUGACAAUUCUCCAAAAAUCUCAGUAACGUCACUCAUGAGUCCAGUGAAAGAGGAUGCUGAGAUAGGGACAGUGGUCGCCUUGGUGACAGUGACAGAUAAAGAUAGUAGUAAAAAUGGCAUCACCAACUGUAAACUUACUGGGUCUGUUCCUUUUAAACUAAAGUCGAACUAUAAAACCGAUUAUUCUUUAGUGGUUGAUGGGCCUCUGGACAGAGAGAGUGAAUCUCAGUACAAUGUCACUAUCACGGCUACGGAUGAAGGGACCCCGCCUCUCUCCAGCACCAGCGAUAUUACUAUAUACGUUUCUGAUGUCAAUGACAACGCUCCUCGCUUCCCAGGACCCGUGAUUAAUGUUUAUGUGAAAGAGAACAGUCCGGUAGGAGACGUCAUUUUUACAAGUUCAGCUUUUGAUCGAGAUUCCGAAGAAAACGCAAAGAUUAGGUAUGCAUUAUUAGAUACAAGUAAGUCAAUAUCUUCAUCUGUAAAAAUAAACUCGGAUACUGGAGAUAUAAUCAGUCUGCAGUCUUUUAACUAUGAGGAGAUACAAACUUUCCAGUUCAAAGUUCAGGCCACAGACUCUGGUGUUCCUCCACUCAGCAGCAACGUGACUGUGAACGUUUUUAUCCUGGAUGAGAAUGACAACAGUCCUGGGAUUCUCGCGCCCUAUUCUGAACACGGCUCCGUUAACGCUGAGAACGUUCCCUAUUCUGCUGAAGCGGGCUACUUUGUGGCCAAGAUCAGGGCUGUAGACGCCGACUCUGGCUACAAUGCGCUGCUUUCAUAUCACAUCUCUGAGCCCAAGGGAACCAACCUCUUCCGAAUCGGAACCAGCACCGGGGAACUAAGGACUAAGAGGAGAAUGAGUGACAAUGACCUGAAAACUCACCCGUUGGUCGUGUUGGUUUCUGAUAACGGAGAACCCUCACUGUCAGCGACUGUGUCUAUUGAUGUAGUGGUGGUUGAAAGUACAGGUGAAAUCCAGACUCAAUUCAGAAAUGUGCCGAGAAAGGAGGAGAACUUCUCUGAUUUGAACCUGUAUUUGCUGAUCGCCAUUGCCUCGGUGUCAGUGAUAUUUUUACUGAGCCUCAUCAGUUUAAUAGCUGUAAAAUGCCACAGGACAGACGACAGUUUCAGAAGGUACAGCGCCCCAAUGAUCACCACACACCCUGACGGAAGCUGGUCUUACUCUAAAUCUACUCAGCAGUAUGACGUGUGUUUCAGCUCAGACACACUGAAGAGUGACGUGGUGGUUUUCCCCGCUCCGUAUCCACCUGCAGAUGCAGAACUGAUCAGUAUUAACGGAAAUGACACGUUUAACAGGACUCAGACAUUACCCAACAAAGAGGAGGUAAGAUCUGUACACAAAUGAGCCUAUGUAUCUAUU